CAUAUCUUUGCAGAUUCUCUCCCGCUGUCCCGCCUUGUUGAGCACUUUUCUUUUCGAUUAUUUUAAAGAAAGCUCUUGCGGGGAAGAUUAGGAUAAUUGCUUGGGUGUACUCCUGAGCGCAUUGAUAGAAGUCGAGUGUUUUUUUGUUCAUUUGUGAAUUCCCGGCCGGGGAAACGAGACAAUUAAUUUGAGUCAGUCGUAGAAUGGACGUUCAAAGGAUCCAGAAAAUACGUGAGAUGCAGAUGUUUUACUCUCAGUUUCAACCGCGAAACGGUGCAGCCGUGGAUCCUACUGGCCAGCCGUGGAGCGGGUACUUGCCGUCGCCUCAUGCUCACCCGAACCCUCAUCAUUAUCAAUUAGGCCUUGAUUACCAAAACCUUGCGCCGAAGAUGGCUGAGCUGGAUUUGAACAACGGGGAGAACGGGUAUGCUGCCGCAGGGGCCCCGGGAGGCGCCCUGGUUGGCCAGAUGCCGAUGCAACAACCGUAUGUGCCACCACACAUGCGCAACCGUGGUGGUCAAGGAUAUGGUGAGCAGCGGUGGGACAAUCGUCAGCAGCAGCAGCCGCAGCAGUGGACCCAGGGGCAGAAGGAGCAGAAGACUGCUGAUCGCUGGGAUAACCGACGAGAAUAUGAUGGCGUGCGGAACGAGACUUGGAAUAACUCGUCGCGCGACGAUUGGACGGUCAUGUUGCCGCAGACGAAGCGGCUGGAGACUGAGCUAUAUUCUGAGAUUAACACUGGAAUCAACUUCGACAAGUACGAGGACAUCCCCGUUGAAGCUACUGGCGACAGUGUUCCGCCGCACAUUAACAGCUUCAACGAGCUGCAAUUGACGGAAAUUGUGGCGCACAAUGUGAAGAUGUGCCGGUACGACCGGCCAACGCCUGUUCAGAAGCACGCGAUCCCGAUUAUUUUGGGUGGUAGGGAUUUGAUGGCCUGUGCGCAGACUGGGUCGGGGAAAACGGCGGCAUUCCUUUUGCCCAUCCUCAACUUGAUGUACUUGCGAGGGCCGCCGGCGGACAAGCAGUAUAUGGCCCAGCGCCGGUACCAAUACCCCCUGGCGCUUGUGUUGGCGCCUACAAGAGAACUGGCUUCGCAGAUUUUCGAUGAGGCCCGCAAGUUCGCGUAUCGAUCCAAAGUUCGACCUUGUGUUGUUUAUGGAGGCGCAGAUAUCAAGUCUCAAAUGUAUGACCUGGAUCGGGGAUGCCAGUUGCUGGUUGCAACACCUGGACGUCUUGCUGACUUGUUAGACCGCGGAAAAAUCAAGUUGGACUACUGCAGCUUCCUUGUUCUGGACGAAGCCGAUAGAAUGUUGGACAUGGGGUUCGAGCCCCAAAUCCGCAGGAUUGUGGAUCAGAAUAACAUGCCACCGACCAAGUUGAGGCAAACACUCAUGUUCUCGGCCACAUUUCCCAAAGAGAUUCAGAUGCUUGCUCGCGACUUCUUGAACAACUACGUUUUUCUGGCUGUGGGGCGGGUUGGUUCCACAUCCAAGAACAUCACUCAGAAGGUCGUUUGGGUGGAGGAGCAUGAGAAGCGGGAUCAUCUUCUCGACUUACUUUCAGCUGCUGAUGUUCAGCACAAGCCCGAAUCGCUCACUCUCGUAUUUGUCGAGACAAAGAAGGGCGCGGAUUCGCUAGAAGCGUUUCUAUCUGCUGAAGGCUACCCAGUGACGUCGAUUCACGGCGACCGGACGCAACGCGAGCGCGAGGAGGCGUUGAAGCACUUCCGCGCUGGCAGGUGUCCGAUUUUGGUCGCCACUGCAGUUGCUGCUCGUGGCCUCGACAUCCCUAACGUGAAGAAUGUCAUCAACUUCGAUUUGCCGUCCGAUUUCGACGAGUAUGUUCAUCGGAUUGGGCGAACUGGUCGUAUGGGCAACCUGGGUGUGGCGACAAGUUUUUUCAACGACAAGAACCGCAAUAUUGCGCGUGAAUUGAUGGAGUUGCUUUCGGAGAGUAAACAAGAUAUGCCGACGUGGUUGGACUCCGUUUCCUGUGACAGUGGCCGCAGUGGCCCAAAUCGCCGCGGCGGACGUAGAUUUAACACCACGUUCGGCAGUCGGGACUACCGUACUCAGACCCGUGGAGGAGGCGGAAGUGCUGGAAAUGGCGGUGGCCGUGGCGGCAGCUCCAUGGGUUAUGGCAAUCGUGGUGAGUGCAAUGGAUACACUUUCUCAGAGUACAAGGUUAUUCUCAAAGUGGUUACGGCGGCGGCGGUGGUGGUAGCACGUAUGGCUAUAACGCGUACGGUGGUGGCGGAGGAAGCUACAACACGGGCAACGCUGGCGGCGGCCAAACUGAUUGGUGGGGCCAGUGAGUCCAGCGGUAUUGGACGGGACGAUAGGAAGAACGAAAGCAAGUGCGACGGAUAAGAAGAGAGAGGGAGAGAAAGUCGGAUGGAUGUGUGCGGAAACUUUCGCACGCGGCUGGAUGGGUGGAUGUGCGGUCAGGUCCCGAUGAAGAAAAUUUAAUCCCGGCGGCGGGUGGCGCAUCAUAGCUGGCGUCUUUUAUUGUUUUUUUUUUCCUCGCGCCCGCUGCUGGUUUCUUGUAGUAAAAAAGAAAAACAGAAAAAGAAGAAAGAAAAUUUUGUGUGCGAGACGCGAAAGAUUGUCCUGGUGUCCCGCGUGUGUAAAAUUGUGGGUGUUUGUUAUGGAGGAACCACACACUGUACUGGCGACAGGCGGUCCCUGGUGAGGUUGAUUUAGGUUAUGAAAAUUUCUCGUUUCACUCUUCACAUCCCUUUCUCGUCGGCAAUUCCAGUUUCGGGCAAUCGUACGUCCUCCCCGUGUCAUUCCAGUGAUUUUUCUCAAACGACUCCAUCGGUUUUCCCGCACUUGCAAAAGGUCGUUUUAAACUUUCGUCGAAAUUAUUCGUCUUCUUCGCCCCUCUUACGUUACAAGUGCGAUUGUGAGUGCAGGAGAAUUGGAGAUGAUGAGAAGGUCUGCGGAGGAUCUAGGGAUGGCAAAAGAAAAUUUUUGUUACGAAGAGAAAAAUCGGAGUCCACUCGCCCGUGGAACUGGAAGUUGUGGUGGAACACUAGGGUUGCCAAAGAAUUUCGCAUCUAAGUACAGUUUUGCUGAGAGAGAAGUGAUGUGUGAGAAAGCUGUCGAGAAGGGAAGUGUUUUUGUUGUUCAAAAGAAAAAACUCGCCAGCGUGAGAAGCGGAGUGCAGUGUGUGGACCACGUAACCUUCGUGCGUUCGACUCCCCGUCAUUUGAUGUUCCUCCCGUUUCCCCGGCCCGGAUUCGAUAAUUUUUUUUGGCGUUGUUUCGCGCUGGAUCUGCUGUGAUUCCAUGUCACUUUCCUGCUUCUGACUCGGCGGCGCAAGUGGUCCCCGGCAGAGAUCUCCACGUUGCAGUUCGUCCCCGGUUUUGUACGAUCGCCGACAUGUGAUAGCGUGCACUGGGAACUCGUGCUCGACUCCCCAUAUCCCGUAGGCCCACACUGAUUUUUGAAUUAUUUUAUUUUAUUUUUCCUCUAUCUCUCGGAGGGAAGCCCGUGGUACAAAGCGGAUUCGGAAAUCGUGAUUUUUUUUGUCACUGCGGGGUACUCGGUUCUUUUUCUUGGCAAAUUCGCGGGGCAACGCGGAACCUGUGAUAAAAAAGGAUUGCCGAAAGGUUUUUCCGGUCGGAGUGUCCGUUGACCAGCCUCCGAACUUCUGCCUUCUCCAUUGCGGAAACUUUGAGUUCUCUCAAGACGGUAAAGGUACUUCAUAUAUAAGCUGUUCGUAAUUUUUUUCCUCUGAAAUAUAAUGCGGAUGAUGGCAGAGGUUUCGGAAGUUCGGCGGUCUGUGGAAAUUCUCCGGUCGGUGGAACUGAGAGGCGAGACAGUUGAUCUAUUCAGUAACGGGGGCGGACGACGGAGAAUGUUAUCGCCCCCGACUCAUGCACGGGAAGGGGAAGAGAUUUGCCAAAAAACGAGACUUCGUUUCGAGAAGAAACAGAGAAAUUAAAGGGGGGUGGGGUUAUGUUUAAAUCUUGCGCUUUUUGUUCGGAUUUGUUCGUUUGACGCGCGACGUGGAGGCUUCUCGCUGUGUCCUUGAUCUCGCGUCAGGGAGUUGAAGAAUCGCGUAUUUUUUGCGGCUCGUGUGUUCACUGAGUGGCGGUGCGAUAUAUGCGAGAAAAAAUAGGGGGUCGUUCGGUUCUUUCCACGUGAACGGCUCGCAAGCCUUUCUGUGUUGUGGUCGACUCGAAGUCGAAUUUAGGUUAUUGCAAGUACCUUGAAAGAAAAUGUGUCUUGUUCUGGUCCAAGAGCGACGUUUAGGAUUCGAAAAUGAAGGCUAGUUCGUUCGGUUGUUUUUCUGAACGAAGGGAGGGGCGGAUUUUGACAGACUUUUUUUUAUUGUGGGUCGUUUGAGUGGAAAGGACUCGCAGUUGAAUGUCUCGCAAUUUUUGUAUCGCGCGUACAGUCAAGGUCUGUGAUAGACUCGGCGACCCUCGGGUGGACGUGGAAUCGGAAGGACGGGCGCUGACGAUCUUCCUGCAGAUUUGUGACGCGAUGACCCAAAGAAAACGAAGAGAGAAAGAAAGAAAAAUUUGAGAAAUCACGGCUUCCCUCCCGCAGUCAUGAAUGGAGAAUCUUUUUGAUUUUAAUUCGCGGUGGGGAGAUUUUUUUUAUGAGAAUGUUGGGUGGGAAGGGGAAGAAAGGAUAUUUGGUGGGAUCUCUGCCGAGCAAGUUCCUUUUUGUUUUUCGUUUUCCCGAUAUACGCUGCCAGUAUUCAGGUUUUUUUCCUUGGGAGUUGAUUUUGUGAUCCGAACGUGCGUUGGGAACUAUUUGGGAGAGGUGAGGGAAUAAAAUGUGGAGCAGAUUUUUGGCAAGUUGGGGAGGGGCGGAGGAAAGGGUGUAGAACUGCUGUGAUCUGAUGAUGGCUCUUUCAGAGGCGCGAUUCGGUGUUUCGAUACCGCAGCUCGUUUUUUUCUUUUUUUUGUUGCGUAAUUUUUCUUUUUUUGCCGCCUUUGGGUUGUUUCCCUUCGCCUGUGGAUCGAGCAGUUGGGGAGUGAAUGUGUUCCGAAUCAUAUGGUACCUGCAUUUCGUCCGGCUUGUCUCCGCACGGGUUUUUUUUUUAAAUCUUGAUCGCCGCCAUUCGUGGGGAGCUGACGGUGAGGGGAUGCAGGUUUCAGCGUGUGGGGUAGGGGGUUGUUUUUUUUCGUGUGUGUAACACGUAAGUUUCCCUGUUGGCCGCCAGGGGCGCUUUAUAUGUAAUCGCUUGAAUGUACCGCGUUUUAGAAUCGUCUCUCAACAAUCCUCCGAAAUCGAGACUAAUCAAGAACUUUUUUUCCUCUAUUUUUGCAUCAUGAAGACUAUUUGAGAUUGAUUAAUCUUUGAGAAUUCUACUUGUUUAAAUGCGAUCCUCUUUUUCUUGAGUUUCUAGGAUAAGAUUUCUUCCGGCAGAAGAGUCGAAUUUGGAGGAUUAUUGUGAGGUGGAGGAUGAUGUGAAUUACCCCCACCCUCCCUCUUUUUCAGCCUCGUGAUGUGUGUUUUUUUUUUUGCGAGUCCCUGUGUAUAACUAAAUAAAAAGUGGGGGUCGUAAGUUUGGAUGAAAGGAAGGAUGACACGGACGCGUGGAAAAUCCAUCAUUGGUCACCCCGAUCACUCACCUCGUCCCGUUAACGUUUUCUUGAAACCUGCCUUCCUUUCUGGGGAGGUAUCAAAGGCGCGUUUUGGGUGUUGCGGGGUCAAAAAAAAUUUUUUUGGUCGAUCGCGUUUUGGAAGAACGAAGGCUUGUUCUACGCGACGAAGUGUCAUUGCUUUUUUUUUCGUGUGUUGGAUCCCGGGGAUGGAAGCGUAGCAGAAGGAGCUGGGAGGAACUUCGAGCGACAAUGUCAGAAUAAAGGGAGUUGAAUUUCUGUCUUGGUUAAAAAAGAAGGAAAAAAAUCAACGCGUCGUUUUCUUUCACUUCUGGCAACAUCAUUCUUCAAGAUCUUUCUGUCAAAUAUGAAAUACAAGCAUGUAUUCUUACAUGUGAAAA